GAUUGGGGACCAUGUUCUGGGAAUGAAUGUGGAUUUGGAGGGACACAGCGAAGGGUAAUUUGGUGUGAGAGCAUGGAUGGUACUACAGCUGACCAUUCAGACUGUGUAGGAGAAGAACCACCUCCUGGUACAAGGGUAUGCUUCAAGGUAUGUCUUCUUCAUAGGAACCUCUUCCAAUGGCAAGUCAAUGACUGGGGACAGUGUACCCAGAACAAUAAACAAGAGAUUGCCACAACAGGAGAUGUAACAUCCUGUGGACCAUCAUCCUUUGGUCUUCAAGAACGUACUGUCUCCUGCAUGGAGAUAUCAACCUCAUAUGUUCAGCGGAAUGCAGAUGGUUCGGUACCAGACUACAUCUGUGAACAGUUUACCGCCAAGCCUGCCAUCUUUCAAGAAUGCAUCACACCUUGUGCCCAAGACUGCAUUGUGACACAGUUCUCACCCUGGAGUCCUUGCUCAAAGUCUUGUGGCAAUGGCACCCAAUCUCGGGCCAGACGAGUUGUCAUACCACCUUCUAAUGGUGGACAGGGUUGUCCAUCACUGAGUGAAACUAAGGCAUGUUCCACAGGUACACCUUGUGAAGAAGAGGAAUUAUUUUCCUUUAGUCCGGUUGUCUCUACCUGGGGUCCAUGUAGCGUAUCUGGAGGAUUCUCAUCUGAAGGAUCUGAUAUUGGACUACAAACAAGGAGACUCUGGUGUCAAAGAAGUGAUGGCAAAAAUGUCAGAACAAGCAUGUGUUAUCGAGAUGGAAUCUACAAGGAGCCACCUCAAGACCAGGUUUGUGUCAUACCGGUCAACUGUCAUGUCUCUGGAUGGUCAGAGUGGUCAUCAUGUUCAGAUCCUUGCUCGUCAAACAUGGUCACUCAUUCGGUCAGAAAGAGAACUGUCCUCAAAGUACCAAAAGGUGAUGGUGAAAGAUGCCCUGAACUAGUCCAGAAGAGGACCUGUGCCUAUGAUUCAAACCCAUGUCCAAGGUAA